AUGACUCGUGAGGUCACCGUUGGGGAUAAGGUGGAUGGACGUCAUAUUCGUGAGCUAACAGCUCCACCACCACCGUGCACUUCAAGCCUCAUGGUGGACUACAUUUGCCCCUCGACGGUACGUUCGACUGAGGCACUGUGGUGGGACCACACACCACCGAAAGGCGAAUAA